UAACCACCUGACGCAUACAACAGGAGCUCUCAAACCUCCUCAUCUAAUCUUGCGAAAGAUCCUGAGCCUUUCCAGUGCAAUCCGCAUAUCAAAGGCUUCUCCCCACCCCUGUUCCUCCCCACUUCGGACACCACCUUCAAGAUGCGGUACUACGAAAAGUCCCUUCCGGACAUCGACGAAGUCGUCAUGUGCCAAGUGCGCCAGAUUGCCGAAAUGGGAGCCUAUGUCAAGCUCCUCGAGUACGACAAUGCCGAGGGAAUGAUCUUGCUGAGCGAGCUUUCGAGGAGACGUAUUAGGAGUAUUCAGAAGCUGAUCAGGGUCGGAAGGAAUGAAGUUGUGGUUGUGCUCAGGGUGGAUAAGGAGAAGGGCUACAUCGAUCUGUCAAAGCGUCGAGUCUCACCCGACGAUGUCCUCAAGUGCGAAGAGCGUUUCAACAAGUCCAAGGCCGUAUACUCCAUCCUAUCACACGUUGCUGGAAAGCUUUCGGGAGGCGAGGAUGCCGAUGAGAAGAAGCUAGGAGAGCUCUACGAGAUGGUGGCAUGGCCGUUGGACAAGAAGUUUGGUCACUCGUAUGAUGCUUUCAAGCUGGCUGUUACUGAGCCCGAGGCAGUAUUCGGCGGUAUGGAGAUCGAUGCUAUGGUCAAGAAGGAGCUGCAGGCCAACAUUGCCCGCCGUCUGACUCCGCAACCCGUAAAGAUUCGAGCAGACGUAGAGGUGACCUGCUUCGGCUACGAAGGAAUCGACGCCAUCAAGCGUGCCCUCCUCAAAGCCGAGGCCCUCUCGACCGAUGUGGUGCCAAUCAAGGUCAAGCUCGUCGCUCCUCCUCUUUACGUCCUGGUGUCUCAUUCGACGGACAAGACUGGUGGAAUUGAGUUGCUGGAAAAGGCACUCCAGGAGAUUGAGGAGGAGAUCAAGAGGGAUGGUGGAGCAAUCAAUGUCAAGAUGAUGCCAAAGGCCGUCUCCGAGGUCGAGGACGAGGAAUUGGCUCAGCUCAUGGCUCGGGCACAGAAGGAGAACACGGAAGUCGAGGGUGAUGAGGACUCAGAGGACGAGGAGGCCUAGAAGGGGAUGCGCGAGCCCUUUGUUUAGCCAUGGGUAUGGCGCGGCUGUCACUAUACUAGACUCAAAAUCCAUACGGACUUCUCAUAUGGCGAUCAGA